AAUAAGUGUCACGUGUUUUGAUGCAAUGUUUUGAUAAACAGUUGUUUUGUCGUCAAAUUGACUGUCAAUUUGUGUCCAUUUGUGGCCACACUAUGGCUUCGGUACGACUCUUAUUGAGUCCAAAAACAGCACAAAUUGCUACUCAACUCAUUGUCCGCAAUGUCCGUAAUUGUUGUCAACAGCGGUGGAGACACGAGUGGCCACUAAUAAGACACAAAAACUUAAGUAAUAAAAAUAACUUUAAAUUAAAUAUUAAUCCCAAAGUCAAGACAUUUGGUCCAAAUGGUCAACAAAAGUGUUUUAUUCAUUUGUCUCCAAAACGAUAUAACCCGUUAGUGGCCAUUGUUUUGAGACAAGUGGCCAAAGUGGCAGCCGUUAUUACCGGCAGAGUAGUGAGGAAGUGGUGGCGAGACUUACCACCAAAUAAGCGACAAUUGGUUUAUCAGUGGUUUAUUCGCCACAAAUGGAAAUUUGGUCUCUCGUUAACCGCAUUGAUAGCUAUGUUUGGUGUCUAUUAUUUAAGCCAUAUCUCAGAGACGCCAAUCACAAGACGCAAACGAUUUGUUGCUUUUACGGCAAAACAAGUCGAAGAACUAAACAAUUAUGAAUUUGAGGUUCAGUUACACACGUUUAAGGAUAAACUGUUGCCGUCGUCUCAUGAAUCGUCUAAACGUGUGGCCCGAGUGGCCACUCAAUUGCUUAAUGGCAAUAAUGAUAUACAAGAGAUUCACGAUCACGAGUGGUCGGUAUCGGUAGUCAAUGACCCACAAAAUAAAAAUGCCUUUGUUAUGCCUUCGGGACAGAUUUUUGUCUUCACGGGAAUGUUAAACAUAUGUGAUAACGACCAACAGUUGGGCACUGUAUUGGCACACGAGAUGGCACACGCCGUACUCGGACACGGAGCUGAACUGCUAAGUCACGCCCAUCUCAUUGAUUUGGUGUUCAUUUGUCUAAUUGCUACCAUUUGGACAUUACUUCCGUCCGACAUCACGGCCUCAAUAACAACUGGUAUCUCGCGAUUAAUAAUGAAUUUAAUAUCAGAUGCGCCGUAUAGUCGUAUGCUUGAAACCGAAGCAGAUAUUGUAGGACUAGAAUUAGCAGCGAAGGCGUGCUUUGAUGUCCGCGAGACGAGUGUUUUCUGGCAUAAAAUGGCACUCAUGGAGAAUGCAGAAGACUUUCAUAUCGUUACAACUGACGAAAUACAGUUACCGACAAAAAUUGAGUUUUUGUCAACACAUCCGAGUCAUGAAACGAGGUAUCAAUACUUGGACUCUUUGAUGGACGACGCCAUUAAACUUAGGACUAAAUGUAAUUGUCCUCAACUACCGAAAUACGAUCCGAGAACUAAUAUCGAACUAAUGAAGAAACAUAUUAAAGACUAUUACGAACUUAAACGAAGAGAAGGCGUCACUAUUUUACCCAAACCUCCGAUACCUCCAAAUCUUUUGCGUAGAGAUUCUUAACGAUUCAAUUGUUAUUUAAAUUAUGAAAAUAUAAUAA